ACAAUUAGUAGAAUUACCGAGUAAAUUUUAAAUCCUUAUCGCAGCGGCCAAACCAUACGAUAUAAGGAUGAUUGUAGAGAGUAGAUGUUCAAUACAAAUCCGACAAGAAACAGGACAAACUAUGAACUAACUCAUAUAAAAGCCGCUCAGGGUUGAGAUACGAGGUUGGCAGCAAAUACAAAGCAAGGACGCUCCUUUCCCUUAUUCUUCGUCGCAUUAUCCUCUGCCCUUGUUGGCUGGAGUCAGGUACGCUAAUCUCUGCCAUUGACAUUGCGAGAGGGGUUUUGGUUCUUUAUAUAUUCUGGAUCUACUAGCUUAGUAUUUGGAAUUGAAUCAUCUCUCUGAAAUAGAUAGUAAAACGGAUGUGGCGAAUUAAACGACACAAAUAUUUACCUGUGGUGGAAUUAACUAGUGAUAUUAUUUGGGAAAUUCUUAGGCGUUUGCCUGCUGCGGAUAUCGUUCGAUUCAAAUCCGUGAGCAAAGCAUGGUAUUCCAUUAUCACUCAUCCGCAAUUUCUAAGAGACCAUCUAAACUAUGUUUCCACCGCAGAGAAUGAAUUCAGAACCCUCAUUUUGCACGAAAACAGAUUUCAUCCCAUCUUCUAUCACGAAGAGGAUAACGUCCAGAAAGAGUGUCCAGUCUUGCCUCCUCAGAUGGUGAUUCCUGAAUUUGAUAUUUUUAAUGGUUCUUGUGAUGGUCUGUUGUUAUUUCUAGCCCCACGCCGGACACGCUUUGAGGAAAAUCAUAUCAUCAUAUGUAAUCCUUGUACUAAAGAGCUCAUUAAAAUACCUGUAACUCGCCCUGUUGUACAUUUUCCUCCCGAUUCCAUUGGGCCACGAGAAGAUUUAUUUGGUCUUGGCUAUGAUCCUCACACCGAUGACUACAAAGUUAUCAGAUUCCCUUCUGUCUUCAAGGCGCAGGAGUAUACGACUUUUGAUAAAAAGGAUGGAUUCAAAUGUUUGGUUGAAGCCUACUCUUUGAAGAACAAAUCCUGGAAGACCAUCCAAGAUGGAGGCUUUAUGUACCUCAUGAAACGCGUGGCGCCUAGUACAGUCAACCGACGUCCCCACUGGAUAGCCACCCAUAUUACUAAUCCUAAUUCAUCGCGAUGUGUGAUUUUCUAUUUUGAUGCAGGAAAGGAUAAUUUUGGGGAUAUGGUGCUGCCUCCGUCUGUUCAAAAGAAUGUGAGUGUGCACAAUUAUAGAGGAUUUCUUGGUUUGGCCGAGUAUUCCAUUCGGGGAGACUUCAUCUUGUGGUCUAUUGAAGAAUAUGGAAAACCUGAUUCUUGGGCCAAACUCUUGACUAUCUCUAAUGUACCUGGACCGCAGCGUCAUAUUUGGUAUCACGGGCCGGGGCCAGUGUUCAUUACCGAGACGGGCAAAGUGCUAAUAAGGACUAGAGAAGGACAACUACUCGUGUAUGAUGGGAAGGAUGGUAAAUUCAUCGAACCUUUAAUUCAAGGCCAUAGUGACGGCUUUCUAUGUCGCAUUCCCUACAUUGAGAGCCUCGUUUCACCAAGCGGUGGCAAUUUGAGAUGGUAAUCACUCGAUAAACAGACACCUUAUUACCUGCAUUCCAACAUCAUGAAUGAGAUUCAAUUCGAAUGGCAAUGGGAUUUGCAUAUUAUGCUUCUUGUUCCUGAGAAUAUGUAUUGCUGUCUUUUUAUUAUAUUUUAAAAUUUUCUCUCUAUAUGUAAUGUAUUAUAUACUUUGCUGGA